AUGUCAUGUAUAUCAGCUGCACAUCUAGAAAAAUCGAAACGCCAUCCACAAUUUCACAUUGUACAUAUAUCCAAAGCUUUGUUUGAGGCAACUUCAUAGUAUUGCGUUUCUCCACUUUUGUUCGCGAAUGUGCGCUUUCUUUUCGUCUGAGAGACAAAAACGGUUUACUUUGGACUACUAAAAUCGAUUGACGAGUACAAUUGGCGAUUAACGUGCAACGAACAGGAGCCAUUUUCGGUGGUUUCCUAGAUCCUGAUUCAUCCCCAAACGUGCCGAACGAUGGUCGAUUACUACAAAGUUCUCGAAGUACAGCGGACUUCUACCAACGCUGAUAUAAAAAAAGCGUAUAGAAAGUUGGCAUUAAAAUGGCAUCCGGACAAGAAUCCGGAUAAUUUGGAAGAGGCGAAUAAAAGAUUCAAGGAAAUCUCGGAAGCAUAUGAAGUCUUGAGCGACGAUGUGAAGAGACGCACUUACGAUCAGCACUUGUAUCAGAGGGCGGCGUCAAGGCCUGGCCGUGGAUUCACCUUCCGGAGUUUCUUUGAUUCUCCUUUCCAACGAUAUUUCGAAAAGAAGAGGCGUGUUUAUGAUCAGUAUGGCAAGGAUGGGCUUCAAAUGUCUGGAGGCAAACGACGCCACGGAGAUGACUUUGAUUCGCACUUCGGCGGCACGUUCGUCUUCAGGGAUCCUGAGGAAGUAUUUAGAGAAUUUUUCGAUGGGAUACCGUUUGAAGAUUUAUUCGCCGGUUUUCACGGUGGUGGUCGAAGAGGUACCGGGGGCAGACACGGUCACUCGACUAAUAAUAGUCUUAGUACUUCUUUCUUCGGGCCUUUUGGAUUCGGCUUUCGUUUGCCGUUUGAUGAUUUAAUGGACAACGCCAGUGCUGCGGGAAACUUCACCUCCUUCGGUAGUUUCACUAGUUUCGAUGGAAUGGGCGGUGGCGCUGCUGUAAAACGUACCAGCACUUCGACUCGUUUCAUCGAUGGAAAGAAAAUUACUACCAAAAAAGUCUACGAAAAUGGGAAAGAAACGAUAAUGUCUUAUGAAAACGAUGUACUGAAAUCGAAGACAGUGAACGGCGUACCACAAUCAAUAACGUUCGACGAAGCAUCAACGAGUCGUCAAGUCUGUGAGAACGUCAACGAUAACAUGAUGGGUAACCACAACUCGAACGCGACCUACAACGACUAUCUAAAAGCUAGCAGAAUAAAGACGCGUCACCAUCCGCACAUGACUAAGAAGCACGACAGAAAUAAGAGGAAAUAAAUUACUUCGCUCUUGUCUCAAGUUCCUUGUGUAUUUAAGUCGACGAGUACGCGCUCCUUAUUCGACAUAUUUGACAAAUUUGAUUCCGAAAAUUUUCUUAUCAAUAUCAUAUACCAUCCAUUAUAAAAAGAACAUGAACAGAAUUCAUUGAUAAUAAACAAUGAAAAAAAUGUCGCUAAUCUAUAUAUGAAUUAAGAGAGAAAGUAAUGUCUUACAAUCAUACACAACUGGCUUGACAUAUCUAUGCGGUUCAUAUAAUAAAGUUCAUUAAAAAAGAAACAUGAUUUGUCAACUUUUGAUUCUGAAAGCAAAGCGACCUGCUAUCGUCGUUGAAAGUCCUUUAGCUUUGCAAAAAUGAGCUGUUUGAAUUUAGGUUAGGUUAGGUUAGGUACUCGCGAUAGCGUAUGACUUACGCUACAAAUCGAGACUAAUUUCCAAGUAACAACAUCUGCAUUGUCUACCUAGUUAUGUGACGUAACGAUGUGUUUGCUAACUUGAGCCUCGAUUAUUCGCUAAGUUACAGAACUGAUACAAAACUUAAUUUCUCAAAAUGAUGAAACACUUUAUGCAUCUUGAAUCGAUUAAUAGUAUAAUUUAUUUUCUUUGCUGCGUACUUUUAAUUGUUGGCUGUAGCGUAAUUUACCGAUUUAAGUUUUAGCUAAAUACGCACUGAUGUACAUCGUUGAGAAACUGUGUUAGAAGAACCGUUUUUGAUCAUACUUCGAUUAGCUAUUUACAUUUGUGUAUAUAAUGAUAAGAAAAA